AACUUCAUGUAGGAUUUUCAAUUUUGUUACCCUAACUCACCGGAAAAAGGAAGAAGAAAUCUUCCUCCUCCGUUCUCCUCCGGACCAUUACCGGCGAAUUGAUUUCAGGUUCUCCGAUCUUCUCAUAUGGAUCUUUUUGCGAGCGAGGCUGGAUUGAAACUACUUCUUGCCCCUCUUGGUUCGAACAUUGUAGUGCGUACUGCCUGUUGUUCUGUUGGAGUUGUUUUACCGGUAUAUUCAACAUUUAAAGCCAUUGAGACAAAAAACCAAAAGGAGAAAGAGAGAUGGCUUAUGUACUGGGCAGCUUUUGGAUCUUUUACUGUUGCGGAAGUUUUUACGGACACGUUAAUCUCAUGGAUUCCUCUCUAUUAUCACAUGAAGUUUGCAUUUCUUGUUUGGCUCCAGAUUCCAUCAACUGAAGGAGCAAAGCAUAUAUACGAGAAACAUUUACAGCCAUUCUUUAGGAGACAUCAAGGAAGACUGGAUCAAGUUGCGGGGUUUGCAUAUUCUGAAUUGGCUAAAUUUGUUAGCUUACACAAACGUGAAUUGCAAUUUGUGAAGACACUACUCUUGAAGAUCCUAGUAGCAGGCAAAGAUAUCAUUCAGCCAUCAGAGCCGAGGCAAAUUGCAAGAACAAUUGAAGGCGCGACACAACAAGUGCAAGAAGAAACUAAUGACGACAUUAAUUCUCCAUCUGUGGAACAGAAUACGGAAUCUGACGAUAAAGAAUGAACAUGUCAGCAGUUUUUUUUCCUUUUCCUUCUAUUCUUUUCGGGUGGAUUAUUCAUUUCUGACAGUUUCUUUGUGUCACUACUUGCGUCGCAUUUUGGUUGCUUUAGAAACAAAUUGCUUUGAUGUUUGUGUUGUAAAAUAUUUAAUGCAAUUCAACCUAAUAGAGAAUACUGAA